GUGAAAAGAGCUGAUUGGGUUUGAGCGUUAUUAAAAUAAUUUUUUUGGUAUUCAUUGCUCACAACAGUUUCUAUGUCUUUGUCUUCUAGUAAAUUUUGUUUUUUUCUAGUGUUUCUUUUAUAAUUAAUUUGAUUAUAUAAUUGUAACCAUUGAUUUUUCACCACCAUUAUUACUGUUCUCUAUUUAAUCUCAACCUUAUAAUUUGUGUCGCAUUUUUAGAUGGCUUGUGGGGCCAUAAAGAGAUCUCUUGAAUGGGAUCCGUUGAAUACACCCUCACAAAGUAGCACUCCAAGUGCAAGGCCGAGUAAGAAAAGAUGUCUUGUCCAUCACAAUUAUAAUCCCAACGGUUUCAGCGGACCUAAGGAAGCUUCACCGUUCGCUGAUUUACAUGGUAAAUUGUCUCCAGAAACCAUCGCUUCUAAUAUUAAGGAUGAGAUGAAACGAUUACAAAAUAGGAAACAAUUAUAUUACUCGAACAGUGGAAAUCAACUUAUGAGUUCACCCAAUUCAGAGAGUAAUUCAAAUGAAAAUGAAGCCUCAACAUCAUCUGAAGGUCAAAGUUUCCUUGGACUACGUUCACCAUCUCGCCGUGAUCAACCUUUAUUUACUUUUAGACAAGUAACAAUUAUCUGUGAAAGGCUCCUUAAAGAAAGGGAAACAUCGAUUAGAGAAGAAUAUGAUCGCGUCCUAAGCAGCAAGUUAGCAGAGCAAUAUGAUACAUUUGUAAAAUUUACAUACGAUCAGAUACAAAAAAGAUUUGAAAACGGGACAACACCAAGUUACGUUAAUUGAUCUUAACCAUGAGCUAAUCAUGGUCAAUCGGAUGACAAUUUACACUAAAUGUGAAUAUACAUUGUAAUAAAGUUUCCAUUUUUUUUGAAUGAUAA